CUGAGGUGAUUUAUAAAUGACUCACUGGCUUCUUUGAGCACAGACCUCUGCACACCUCCUUGGGAGCACCUCUCCUGCCACAUCUGCAGCUCCCCUCGCAGGAUCGCCCGCCGAGGCGCAGAGAUGAGCCAGGCCAGGCCUCGCUAUGUCGUGGAGCGCCCCGCGUACUCCGUCAGCCUCUUCGACGAGGAGUUUGAGAAGAAAGCCAGAACUUACCCCAUUGGGGAAAAGCUGAGAAGCCUUUUCAGGUGUUCAGCUUCCAGAUUCAAACUCACCCUCUUUCGCCUGUUCCCGAUACUCGUGUGGCUUCCCAAGUAUAAAAUUAAGGACUAUAUUUUGCCUGAUGUCCUCGGUGGGCUCAGUGCUGGGACGAUUCAAGUGCCACAAGGGAUGGCCUUUGCUCUCCUGGCCAAUCUGCCUCCUGUCAAUGGGCUCUACUCCUCCUUCUUCCCCUUGGUACCAUACUUCUUCCUUGGGGGAAUCCAUCAGAUGGUCCCAGGUACCUUUGCUGUCAUCAGCAUUAUUGUUGGCAACAUCUGCAAUGAGUUGGCUCCAGAGUCGGACUUCCAGUACUUCAACCACACCACCAAUGAGACCAGUGUGAACACCACGGCCCUGGAGGCAGCCAGGCUGGAGAUCUCUGCCACCUUAGCCUGCCUGACAGCCAUCAUACAGCUGUGCCUGGGAUUUGUGCAGUUUGGCUUUGUUGCCAUCUACCUCUCCGAGUCCUUCAUCAGGGGCUUCAUGACGGCGGCGGGGCUGCAGAUCCUCAUCUCCGUGCUCAAGUACGUCUUCGGCUUGACAGUCCCGUCUUACACCGGGCCCUUAGCUAUCGUCUACACAUUCAUUGACAUUUGUAAAGGUCUGCCCAAAACCAACCUGGCCUCCCUGGUCUAUGCCUUGGUCAGUGCUGUGCUCCUGAUCAUUGUCAAGGAGCUCAACCUCAAGUACAUGAAGAAGAUCCGGAUGCCCAUCCCCAUGGAGAUCAUCAUUGUAAUAGUUGCAACUGCCAUCUCUGGCAGCUUUGACAUGCCCGAGAAGUACGGCAUGCCAAUCGUCGGGAAGAUCAGUAUGGGGUUCCCAGAGCCCACCCUGCCCCUGGUGAGCAAGUGGAAGGACAUGGUGGGCACGGCCUUCUCGCUCGCCAUCGUGGGCUACGUGAUCAACCUGGCCAUGGGGAGGACUCUGGCAGCCAAGCACGGCUACGACGUGGACCCCAACCAGGAAAUGCUGGCACUGGGCUGCAGCAACUUCUUUGGAUCCUUCUUCAAAAUCCACGUGAUCUGCUGUGCUCUCUCUGUCACUCUCGCCGUGGAUGGGGCAGGAGCAAAAUCCCAAGUGGCAAGUUUCUUUGUGGCCUUGGUGGUUAUGGUGACCAUGUUGUCUCUGGGAAUCUACCUGAAACCUCUUCCAAAGUCUGUCCUGGGAGCCCUCAUUGCAGUGAACCUGAAAAACUCCCUCAAGCAGUUGGCUGAUCCCUUCUACCUGUGGAAGAAGAGCAAGCUGGACUGUCUGGUGUGGCUGGUGAGCUUCCUCUCCGCUUUCUUCCUGAGCCUUCCCUACGGAGUCGCGGUGGGCGUGGGAUUUUCCGUGCUGGUCGUGGUUUUCCAUACCCAGUUCCGGAACGGUUCUGCCCUGGGCCAAGUGACUUCCACUGACAUCUACAAGAAUCCCAAAUCCUACAACAAGGUACACGAGGUUAAUGGGAUUAAAAUUGUGACCUAUUGCUCACCUCUGUAUUUUGCCAACUCAGAGAUAUUCCGUGAGAAGGUCAUAGCCAAGACUGGGGUGGAUCCUGGGAAAGUGUACUUGGCCAGGAAGAAGUAUCUGAAGCUGCAGGAGAAGGGGACAGCACAGACACCAACGAAGCUCCCGAAAUUCUUAUUGAAGCAGAACAAGACCUUGUCUUUGCAAGAGCUCCAGAAGGACUUUGAAAGCACCUCUCCAACAGAUACCAACAACAACCAGACGACUGCCAACGGCGCCAGCAUCUCCUACGUCACCUUCCGUCCCCCUGCCAACGGUGCCAGGCAGGUGCAGGGCUCCAGGGACCUGGGCAGCACCCCCACCCUGCAGGGAAGCACCUUCAGUGUCAUGCCCAGGGCAGAUGUUGACCCUGUGCUGACAGCACCGCCCUACAUCAGCUUCCACACCAUCAUCCUGGACAUGAGCGGGGUGUGUUUUGUCGACCUCAUGGGCACAAAAGCUCUGAGCAAGUUGUGUUCCAGUUACCAGAAGAUUGGGAUUAAAGUGUUCUUGGCAAAUGUGCAGGCCCAGGUGUACAGUGACAUCAGCACAGGUGGUGUCUUUGAGGAAGGAGGCCUGGACCAAAGUCAUAUCUUCCUGACCAUCCAUGAUGCUGUUUUGUUUGCACAGGCAAAUAUCAAAGAAGUUGUCCACCCACCCAUCUUGGAAGAGAGGCCAAACCAGACAGAGCUGUCCAUCUCUGACGAGUCUGUGGAUGAAAGCACUGCAGAGUUCAAGAACCUGGAGGAGGAGAUGUUUGGAAGCAUGUUCCACUCAGAAACCCAGACAGCCCUGUGAGCACAGGGAGCAUCAGAGCGUGGGCAAACCCUCCAGAACAGACUCCUCCCUCCAAUCCUUUCGUGAAGACCUGAGGAUACAACAGGUUUGCAAAGCAAGAGGCCACCACACCUCUUGGACUGACAGAUUCCUCCCUCCUUCCUGCUCUGUCUGUGGUGUUCAGAGCAGUGGACUCUGGAGCAGGCAACAGCAACCCAGGGAAGCAGGAACUCAGGAAAUGCCAUCUCAUGGAUCAGAGGAGAAGCGAGUUCAUUUGAAGGCAGGUGCCUUAACCCAGGGGAUGAUCAGUCACCUGUGCCAAGAGCUCUCCUUUGUCUCACACAAUCAAACCCUCCUGCCCACGUUGGAUUACGUAAUUUGGGCAUCCUGCUCCUUUCUUUUCCCCUCUUCCCUCUCUUCCUGAUGAAGUGAAAUACAAGCAGAUAUUGAAAGCC